AUGACCCCUAAGCUUCCAUCUGCGCGCAAACGCGGUAGGCCGUCACUGAACGGCGCCUCAUCACCACCAGAUUAUCCAACCCAGCGAGCGUUACACGCAGCGCAGCGCAUUCAUCAAGCAUGUGGCAUGUGGCCAACUGAGUUCUGCAAAGGUUUUGUACCUGAGACUUGGGGUAUUCGACUUAUCGAGGGCCUUUCCGCGUUGGUCUCUCUGGUAGUGGCUGCUGAGAACGUGGAGCUCGACGAGCUGCGCCGUAGAUUGAAGGUUUUCGCUACUAGCCAUCCGCGCUCAGAUCGACCGCGACUUCGUAAGUCAGAUAUUGCAAAGGUGCGAGAGUGGUUACGCAGGAUGGGAAUUGAUACUAAACAAACACGGCGAUGGAAUGGACGUGCGGAUGAUCAAGUUGAUGAGGAUAAGACUGCGGACAGUGAAGGAACCAAGGCAAACUAUGAACCGGUUGAUGAGAUUAUCGCGUUAGGCUCUCAACAAGAUCUCAUCGAAUACGAAUAUGAAGAUGAAGAAGAGGCUAAAGAAGAUCCCGACUUGAAUGUCGAAGAGGAAGAGAGCGCCUCUCAUGAACGAAACCUUUGGUCGCGAAGCAGAGACAUGGGUGAUAUUCCGGAUGAUGAGCCUAUGGAGGGCACCAUGGCGGUCAAUCCUAGGUCUGCGCCGGCCAAAACCAAUGGGCAAUCCAGAGGCAGUCCUAUCGCCUCCAACUCAGGCUCCCACGCAGCCGAGUCGAGCGCUCGCCUUCGGCGCAGCUUUCGACCACCAUGUCGCUUGGUCCAUGAUACCCCCCAGAGCUCUAUUCGC